CUGGUGCGAUACGAAGAUGCAACUCUCCUCUGUGGUCUCGUCUCCCGUGCUGCUGCUGCUGCAGCUGUGCAUCAGCUCCUUGCGCUACUAUCUGGUAAUCUUCUAUUCCAAAGUUUUAGACUGGAGAGCUGGAACCUGCAGGAGAACGGUCUCUCCUGCUCCGCCUGAACAAAGCAAAGUGGAGCAAAAGGAAGUCCAAAAUGGGCAAACUCCAACAAGCGUUAACUAUCAUUUUACACGCAAGUGUAAUUACAAAUGCGGGUUUUGCUUCCACACUGCAAAAACAUCCUUCGUCCUGCCUCUGGAUGAAGCCAAGAGGGGACUCAAGCUUCUUAAAGAGGCUGGCAUGGAGAAAAUAAACUUUUCUGGAGGAGAGCCUUUUCUGCACGAUAAAGGAGAAUUUCUGGGGAAAUUGGUUCAGUUUUGUAAAGUGGACCUUCAGCUCCCAAGUGUCAGCAUCGUCAGCAAUGGAAGCAUGAUCAGAGAAAGAUGGUUCCAGAAAUAUGGUGACUACCUGGACAUCCUGGCCAUCUCUUGUGACAGUUUUAACGAGGAAACCAACCAGCUGAUCGGCAGAGCUCAGGGCAGGAAGAGCCACUUGGACAACCUGUACAGGAUCUGCAGCUGGUGCCAGCAGUACAAGGUGGCAUUCAAAAUCAACUCUGUCAUCAACACUUUUAACGUGGAUGAAGACAUGGCAGAGGCCAUCACCGGACUCAGCCCAGUACGCUGGAAGGUGUUCCAGUGUCUGCUGAUCGACGGGGAAAACGCAGGAGAGGAGGCCUUGAGAGAGGCUGAGCGGUUUGUCAUCAGCGACCAACAGUUUCAGGAGUUUCUGGAUAGACACAGCAGCGUCUCCUGCCUGGUUCCUGAGUCCAAUGAGAAGAUGAGGAACUCCUACCUGAUCCUGGAUGAAUAUAUGCGUUUCCUGGACUGCAGAGAGGGAAGGAAGGACCCGUCCAAGUCCAUCCUUGAUGUCGGUGUAAAGGAGGCCAUUUGCUUCAGCGGCUUUGAUGAGAAAAUGUUUCUAAAGAGAGGAGGGAAAUACGUGUGGAGCAAAGCUGACAUGAAACUGGAGUGGUGAAGAUCUACUACUUCAUUUUAAUCAGCCCUUCUUUGAACCAUUGCACUGAUCAUUUGUACAGUUUUAUUUGUUAAUUUUUGCUUCUGAUUUUGAUUUUCUGCUAGUUCUUCUGUUUAAAAAGGUGUUAAGAUGUACAUAGUUCUCUGAAAAAAGGGUGCACUUUUUGUUUUUAUAGAAGUAUUGUUCUUUUGCACUGCAGGUUUGUGCUUGUGUUACAAAAUAUAACCGAAUAUAAAUUAUACUAAAAUGUGUGGUAUGUUUUUGUUACUAUCUUACGUUAUGGCUCAUUUGUGUCCAGCUUGGAGGUCCCUAGAGGUGGGAAAUCUAUAUUUAACAGAACAUCUUGUUUUGUUGAAGUAUUUGGCUGCUAACUUUCCAAUAAAAAUGUGAACAUUUUCCAUUUCUGUUAAACUGAGCUCAGAGCUGUCUGUUAAAAUUUAUAGUAAGCAGAUUUCUACUUUGUUAGUUAUUUUAGAUA